GCCUCAAGACUGGUGCCGCGGCUUCCUGCUAUUCAUUUUGACUUUUUGCGGGCCCCUUCUGAGUCGCCAAGACACUCUCGUCGACUUCUGGGUUGCAGGACAUUUGUCGCGUCACAGCCUCCAAAGUUCAAGAGUUUUUCAGCGAAACUCGCGUACCUUCGACCUGGGCGUGCUGCCAGCCCUGCUGUCUGGGUUCUCCGUGCCACACAGAGGCGCCCCAGCUUCGCGAGCGACGAGACCUUCCUGGGACUGUAGAACUUCGCUGCUGCUGAAAAAAAGUGGAUUUCUUGAAAAGGGGAAACACCCCGUCGAGUCUUCAGUUGCGGACGCAAGUUACGCUUUUUUUGCUUGUUUUGCUCGGAAAAAGUCAACUUUCUCCCGCGUUUCGCGAGAGCCGUGUCUUGUCGCGUGGGGUAUCAGUUUUCCGUGCCUCGAGAGCGUGUCUUGAGAAUAUGUCGUGCAGCCACUCAGCUGCCAAUUGCAUCUUGGGUUUCCCUGUCCCAAAGAGCCUCCACUUCUUUCUAGAGGCCCGACUUUGAGUUUCCAACAUCGUUUCCAGUCCUGUUUUCCGCGUUCCCGAGCCUAGGAACGUCGAAACCCGACUCUCUCUGCGGGACCGGUCGUUGAGCUGAACUGCGCGCCAGAUCGCUCGCGGGUCAUCCUCGCGUUCCUCGCCAAUCUGCACAAAGGACUGAGGUUCGCGACUGACAAACUCAAUUGUUUGGCUUUCCAAACAUUUCCUACGUUUGCUUCAAGACACCCUGCGACUCGAACACGACUCUGGACUCAAAGCUCUCAUGAGCUGUACGCAGCCUCUCGGCGCUCUCAGCCUCGAAGGCGCACCGGUGAUCUCUGUUGAUCGCGCGAGUUUUCGAGUUUCGCGCAACUCUCUCUAUGUGCCUGAAACCCUUCAUCCCGCAGGAGGUUUCGGCUUUUCUACUCUUUUCUCUCUAUGGAGGACUCCUCAGAGCCUUUCUCCCCAGCCGGGUUGUCAGGCGGGGCGAGCAUUCCUGCUGACCGAAAUGGAUUGCCGCAAACCCCAUCGCUGAGCAACAUACCCGGGUUGCCGCAAACGCCGCCUGCUCCGACUAGCAGAGGAUCUGUGACGCAGAUGGAGGCAAAUGGAAUUUCUGAACGCGGCAUUUCGCGAGUGACUGGCGCACUUGAGUCGACGACGAACGACUCUGACACGGUGCUCUCGGCCAUGGCUGCGCUAUUUGAAUCGCUAAACGAAGUCCACCUCGAAGGAGAAGCAGAGACCUGGAAACCCUCCAUCAAAGCUGGCGACGGAUUCAAAGCUUGCAAACAGUUCCUCUGUGCACUGUCGGCUGCUGCGGACGCAUUGCAAAUCCGACCACAGAGCCGCGAGUACCGACAUCAGUUCACAAAGAAUUACCGCGCUUUGUUUCCCGACCAAAGACGUCAUUACAGAGUUGACGUCCUGGAGGCAUCGCAGGAAGGGUACACUUUGAUUUACGUGAACGGCGAACGGUUCGACUUCCAUUCUUCUGUCAUUGAGAGCGGCGUCAACUUCAAGGUUGCUUGGAUCAACACCAUUGAAAAGCUGCACCAGUUACAGCGCCAGGACUUGACGACUUACCAGUACUGGCGCUCAGAGUUGGUCCCCGUUCUGGUGGACCUGGACUGCAAAUGGGCCGAUUUUGAGCAGGAGUACAUUCUCGAGCUCAUCCAGAUCGAGCGCAAGGCGCGCCGCUACGUGAUGGAUGUCAUUUCUCUGGAAAAUCAACUCGUUUACCUCGACAGUUCCGUAGCCACGCUCGUCGCGAACGGCGACGCCGCCAUUCAGACAGCCCACCUCCACAUUUGGCAGCAAUGGCAGUCCUGUCGACGCGAAUACGUCAAGAAAAUGUUCAGACUGAACUCAAUUGCGAACUAUCGCCGGAAGGGUCGGGGCGACCUCGAUCUCACCGUCCUCGAGACAGCCGAAAACAUCAUCAAAACAAGUGAGUCUCAACCUGGACACGUCUACGAAUGUGUGUCGAGCAUCGCGGGGUCCUGCAUCGCCAGCUUCAACGAUUUCCGCAAGCACAUCACUGAGUUGUCGCAGACCCCCGAGAGAAUCGACCCGCACUUGUGCAACAAUGUGGCUUUGGUGAACCAUCUCGUUCGCGUCGAAGAGACCUGGGAGCUUGCGCAAAAGUAUUUGAUGGACAGUCAGCGUCUGCGAAACGUGAUUCACAUUGUGGACUUUGUCGUCGCGGUCGUGAAGACCCAGAAGACGAUUCUCGCCAUUCUAAAUCCCAGUGCCUCUGCUGCUUCGACGAGCAGCCCUUCCGGCGCAGAAGGCUCAAAGACCGCGUGCAGAGAGUCCAGUCAGGGGACAACUGCGUCGCUCUUCUCCACUUCCAGCGGCGCCAACGUGGCUGCGUCUCCGACCUGCAACGACCCAGCAGCGGAGGAAAAUCGUAGACCAAGCGCCUCCGCGGUCGGCUUCGCAGAUUCGAUCGAAACGGCGACGGCGACCUCUUCGGAGACCGUCAAGUCCGAAGCUGUUCAAGAGUCUCCAGGGAGAGGCACCCAGGCCUCGUGCUCAACCGUGCGAGCCGCAACCACGCUGUCUCACCAUCGAACAAGCAGCUCCCAUGGAGCAGACAAACGCGAGACUCUCGAGGAGAAACUCAUCGCGUGUGACGUCGAAGCUUUCCUUGCACUCCCUCGCUUCGUCUGUUUGUACUACCUGUUGGAUCCGAUCCACAGGUCUCAGAUUCUUCAGCAGUUUCUGCCUCACUUCUUUGUGGAGUCAGCGUCGACGUCGGACCCUGUUUCCGACAUCCCGGAUGAGUGUUGGGGUCCGAAACCUGUCCAGGUUCCGGGGUGUGUCUCUUCUCUCUCCAAAUGUUCCUCGUCUUUGGCAGCACUCCCGCCCCUCGACUGUGGGAGCAGUCUGCUCCACGGGCCAGGAAACGGCUCGUCUUCUUCUCAAAGCAGCCUUUCUUUCCGUCCUUCGCCUCGCUCCGACAUGCGCUCGACGACGGUCCCCGACCCAGAAGAGGCUUCCGAGGCUCCUCAGGCUGGACUUCAGAGAACUGGAACUGGUUCUGCCCACGCCGAAGACUACCCGAUGGAUGCUCCAAACACAGACUUGCGUCCGGGGGUGGCGCUGGAGCCUCGCGAGGACUUUCGCUUCCUCAGCUCUUUCUCCGGAGACGCAACGACGACGCGGGAGCCCUCGCGCUUCAGCUCGCAGCUGGGAGAAGAAAACGCCUCUUCUGCGUUUGCUACCGCCUCGUCUGCCUUCCCUUCGGCCCCGCCUUCGUCGACCGCGACACAGUGGUCUCCAGUGCCAGUCAAAGCCGGCGCCGCUGGCGCCUCUCCAGAGACCCCGGGGCAGGUCCCGACUGCAAACGCUGUGCAUGCCCCUAGCCUGGAGACCGACUCUGACGCGUCGACCAUGUGCGGCUCGGUGCUGCAAGACAGUGUGAACAGCGUUGCUGCAUUCCACCAGACGGGUCGCGAGACGCGAGUUGGCCACCCGUCCAGAGAGAGUGACCGCGUGGAGUUGUCUGCCGCGCAGCGCCUGAGAAGUCGCGACGCAGCCUCACCAGCGCCUCUCUGCGCCGGUUACGAACACGCUGCAGAGUUGACGGCCUCCGGCGCUGGACCGCUUCAGAGAAAAAUCCAAAGAGUUUUUUUCAGCAAUUCCCAAACCGAGAGAGUCGCCCACGGCUCUGGCGCGGGGUCUACGUCGAUGGUGCAGACCCGAGUUGAGGCCGGAAGCUCGUGGACUCAGCAACACAGUCAAACGAGCCGAUACAUCCUGUCGAGAGUUCCCCCGGGACUCCGCAAAAUGGUUAGAGCGUGGCUGGUCUUACAAUCCUGGCUGCGAACAGAGGGCCUCGAAGAAUGCACGGAAGCCUGGCUCUGCGUCAUCGCCAGACUCGCAGACAGCGACGACUUCAAACUCCUUCUGCAGAAGUGGGCGGGUACCAAACUCGUGGGUUUCCGCCACUUGUUGGAGGCACUUUUUCAGGCAGUUGAAGAGAUUUCCAUGGCGCUUCAGCGCUCCUCGCCCCAGGACUGGAACGAGUUUCUGCAGGCGAUUAUUCGGGGUAUCGAGCGCGACUCGCCGCACCGCAGAGCUGUGUGCUGAUAGCGAGCAAGACAGAACCACUCGAGGACGUUCCGCGAAGCAAUGGUUUUGCGGGCCUCGAAAGAACUUUGCCCGACAGACAACACUCGUCUCCCGGCUGCGGUGACACCCGCCAGGGACGAUCCUUGUCGACACGCCUUCUGUACAGAGAAACUCGAAAAUCCUUUUUCCGGCAAGGGCCGAGCGAUAUGCAUUUUCAGGUAUCCAUCUGUAUAGCGUUUUGUCACUUUCUGACGCUGUAGUUCUUGGCGUAACCGGCCUCGCUUUUCUCGAGGUGCCUCCCGUUGUCAGUGUCGCGUUCCUCUGCAGUUCUAGUGUUGUGGACCUAAACUUUUCUCGCAGCGCCGCCCCUCACUCCGCAGGUUUCGGAGGCGCAGCGCUUGUUCCGACCACCGACCUCCUUUUCCCGGGAAGUUGUUUCGUUUUUUCGUUGCUAUUCCUUGUUUCGUCUGCCUCUUGUUCCUAACGAAAAUGUGCGAAAACUGUCAGCCUCAACCUACUGCCUUGCUCAACGCAUACCCAUAUGAGAA